GUAACGAUCGAUAUGCUUAUCGAAAUAAAAACAAUGCGAUAAGACUUCAUUAUAAAUUGAGUGAUGACAAUAAAUUUGCAGUAAGCAUCGGAAGAUCCUCUAAUAACGCUAUGAGUUUCACCGGUAAAGUGGCAAUCGUGACCGGUGCUGCCUCCGGGAUAGGAGCUGCCACGGUCAAAGCACUGGCCAGAGAAGGCGCCAAGGUAUCCCUGGUAGAUAAAGAUGAAGAAAACCUAAAAAUAGUAGCAACGCAAUGUCAACAGCACGGCAACAAACCUCUCAUCAUCAGAGCAGAUAUCACUAAAGACGAAGAAAUUAAUACCAUUGUGAAAGAAACCAUCGACCGAUUUGGUCAAUUAGACAUACUGAUCAAUAACGCAGGGGUCGGCCAAUACAAUUCCAUAUUAGAUGAAAAUCUUAUGCAAAAUUUCGACCGAAUUUUGAAUACAAAUCUGCGCUCGAUGGUCUAUUUAACGCAUCUUGCUGCGCCUUACCUGAUCAAGACUAAAGGUAACGUCGUCAAUACUUCAAGCAACGCUGCUCUUCGAGUUUUCGAAGGACUACUUGCGUAUUCAAUUUCGAAAGCAGGUGUAGAUCACUUCACGCGCUGUGUGGCUUUAGAUCUCGCUGCCCAUGGUGUUAGAGUAAAUGCUGUAAAUCCUGGACCCACCAAGACGAAUAUAAUUCAAAAUUUGGGGCAACCAAAUGAUGAUAAAGGUUGGGAGUACUGGAGAGAUAACGUUGCGUUGAAAAAGGUAGCGGAGCCUGAAGAGGUCGCAGAAUUAAUUCUGUUCUUAGCCAGUGAUAAGGCUAGGAGCAUUACUGGCUCGACGUAUGUUUGUGACAACGGUGGUCUUUUAGUAUAAAUUAUCAUUAUCAUCGUCCAGAAGACAUGACUGUACUGCAUUUCCUACCUAACCUUUUUCCAUUUCAUUAUUUUGAGAUCAGCAGAUACCUAUCUACUGCAUUAAAUGUUUGUUUUCUGACAAAACCUAAA